AUGGAACAAACUGAGAUACGACACGAUAAGCAUGCAGACACCCCCAUUCAUCCAUUGAAUGAGAUAACAUUUGGUGCUGUUUCUGGUAUGGUGGGAAAACUUGUUGAGUUUCCAUUUGACACCAUAAAGGUUCGAUUACAAUCAAAUAAUUCACAUCCUACAUCAACAAUGAUGAUGAUAUCGAGAACAUUUCACAAUGAAGGAGUUUUAGGAUUUUACAAAGGAUUGAAAGCACCAUUGCUUGGUGCUUGUUUAGAGAAUGCUGUUUUGUUUAGUAGUUAUAACUUUGCAACGAGUACAUUACAACAUUAUGAUCCUGGUUUAUCAAUGUGGAGUAAAUGUGUCAGUGGUGGGUUUGCGGGGUUUAUGGCUAGGUUUUUUUUAACGCCGGUAGAAUUGGUCAAGUGCCAGUUGCAAGUGGCCAACAUGGCAACCAAGCUGGCUUUUCAUACCUAUUCUUCAGUUAUUAGAGAUACUUUAAAACGCAAAGGAGUUGCUGGGUUGUGGAACGGAUUGGGAUCUACCAUGGUUCGAGAAGUAGUUGGUACUCUGAUAUGGUUUGGUACGUACGAAUACACCAAUGAAUAUUUCGAAACCGCUAAGUACCCAUUUAUCAAGAAUAAGGAUUUACAGUUGUUAUUCAGUGGAGCCAUGGCAGGCGCACUAUUCAAUUUCUCCAUGUUCCCUGUUGACACAAUCAAAUCUAAUAUACAAACUCAUGAUAUACUUUCAGGCACCAGUGGUAAACACCAUCAUAUAGCGACUGAUUUCUGGAAAGAGAUGAGAAAAUUGUGUCUGAGGCGAGGAGGGGUCAUGAACCUUUACAAUGGAUUGGGUAUAACCAUGAUUCGAUGCAUUCCGGCUAAUGCUUUGAUAUUCUACACGUAUGAGCUACUCAAACGAAAUUUCUAA